UGAUUUUUUUUUGCGUUAGCCGUUUUUCUGUUACUCUCAAAAUAUUAAUUAUUUCUGUUCACGUCUUUUAUAACGCGGCCAUCUCAUUCCAAAGCAUUUACUAAGCAAAAAACAGCAGUAACUGACUGAAAAUGACGCACAACUUCCACCGUUUUUUUGUUGACUCGAUAAAAUGUCGCUUAUUGUCAGGCUGAAAUAGUAAUUAGAGUAUCAAGUUGUACCAGUUUUUCCUGUCUUCACUUAUCAUUAGGUUAAAGCGCUUACAUAAAUCCGAUAAUCGUUUUUAAUGCAUUUCCCAGCAAAUUGCGUAUUUGGUGGGGAAAAAACGUCUCAAUUUUGCUGCAAAACAAACUCAAUUGUUCGCACAAAAAAGUUAAGAUAAAAUUACCUUAAAAUAAAGUAGAACUACCUAAUAUCUGAACAGAUCGACAAACAACAGAAGGAAAAAGGACAAAAGUCAACGCUGGAAAAAAACUUCAAACGAUUUUUUCUUGAAUUUCUCUAUUCUGAAUUUUUAGACACAUCAUAAAUAUUGUGCCAUUCAAGCACAACUUUUGCUCUAAGUCUGAGAAGAUUAAUAAUUGAUCCUCUCAAUAAUUGGUCCUUUUAAUAAUUGAGCUUCUUUACAUCUUUCAAAAAGAGUCAUUGCAAAAAAUUUCCUUCAUGUUCAAAACGCAAAAGACCAUUUCGACGUCUUGCCGCUAUAUUUACUUUUCCAUUAGGUGAAUCAAGCGCGGAUAAAGACAGCUCGCUUCUAUUUCACUGCUUAAAAUUAAUAUCGGUCAUUAAAUUACGUCCUCCCAAUUCAGGUCAGAAGAGAAGAUGACCUAGGAAAUUUGAGGAAUUAUCCUAUCAUAUCUCGUCAAAAAGAAACCCCUUUAACCAUCAUCACUAUCAUUACUGUACUUUCCCGUUCCUGCCAAAAUUCAUAUACCUAUUCCAGAUUCCAUUCGAUUAUUUGAAUAUAUUACAUUUCUUUUUAAUAUAAAAAUAAAGGUUUUAAGUCUCACCUACCACCACCAGCAGAAUUUAAUAUAAUUUUUAAAUAGACAUUGUCUUACCGAUGAAGAAUUUCAUCUAGGUGGAAAUUCUAGAUUUUCGACGCAGUUAUUCAUUGCAUAACAUCACUAUUAUAUCAUCAUUGUUGCAUCAUCGUUAUUGCAUCAUCGUUAUUGCAUCAUGUCGUCGUCAUUAUGUGUGCCAUCGGUGGGGGGUCUUUGCAUAUCAACCGAUCUGUCCAGGAUGGGCUCCUACACCGUGGCGUUGCUUGGGGACGAGAGAGUGGGCAAGACGAGCAUCAUGCGUCGCAUGUCGGGUGCCAGGUGUCCAGAGGAGUACGUGCCCACAGUCGACGAGAACAUCACCCAAAAUUUCACCCUGGGAGAUACGGAGGUGGAGGUUACAUUCAUGGACACUUCCGGCAGUAGUGACUUCCCGGCCAUGCGUCAGUUGGCCAUAGAGAAGGCACAGGUGGUGCUGAUUGUGUUCUCGGUGGACGACAGACACUCGUACGAGCGAGUCAAACAGUACAGAGACGAAGUACUCGCCAUCAAAAACGACGACCAGACCCCCAUAGUGGUCAUAGCUAAUAAAAUGGACCUGCCGAGCCACACAGUGGACGCCAAAGCUGCCGACUUCUACACAUGCUUCGAGUCCAACUACGGCUUCGUCGCCAUGUCUGCCAAAUCCGACCGCUCCGUCCGCAAACUGUUCAACGAAAUCCUCAAGAAAGUCCAAAUCCCCGGACUUCCCAAUCUGGAAAAAGUUGAGAACAAUAUGAAUGCGACAGGGGGGAAGAAGCCAGUGGCCAAGACGUCAUCUCUCCCCAUUGUUCGAGGCGGAAGCUUCAAAAGAAGCCACAAGAAAGUGGAGCGAAAAGUCAGCUGUCAUCUACAGUGAGAAGAACUAACUUUUUAUAAUUAGAAACAACAAACAACCCUCUUUAUGUCAAAUCAACCCUAAAUAACUGUUCAUUAAUUUAAAACCUUCACUUUGACCAAAUGUUGCGAAUGUUGUUGUUAGAAACCGCGACAACCCGAAACAAAAAACAACUCGUAACAAAAAACAACUCAAAAUUGGCAAAAAUUAAGGAA